AUGCGCCGCCGCCUGGCGCCUCUGUGGGAGCGGGCCCGCCCCUGCUGGAUGUACACCGGGCCCCAAGACAUCAUCAGGAUCCGGAUCGGCAAGGACUCGGACCUAAACGAGGCGACGUUGGCGGGCCUGCUCCGGGUGGUGACCGGCGUGGAGGACCUGACCAAUGAGCAGUUGGCGCUCUGCGCGGACCAGGGGCGAGCGGCGCUGCAAGCGACGCUGCCCGAGUUCGACGCCCAGGGCCUGGUCGACCGGACAGGGCGCUGGAACCCCGGAACUAUCCAGAUUCUCGGGGUAGAUGAGGCGACCGGCUGCGCUCCGAGGGCCUCCGGUGGGGAUGCCGCCAGUAGCAGGCCACAGGCGAGCGGCAGGGGGGCCACAGGUGGCCAGGCGCAGACUAGCGGCAUGGGCGCCGCGGGCAGCAGGCCGCAGGCCGGUCGUGGGGUGUUCGUGCCUACGCCGGCAUCCUCGUCGUCGCCAUCGCCUCCAUGGCAGCGGUCGUCGGCGGGCGGCGCGAAGGAGGGAGGUCGGGGCGGCCAAUCGUCCGGCGCAGGGUCCUCGACGGAGGCGAGGUCCGGGGCUCUGGAACCCGGAGACCAAGACUGGCGCUCGAGCGGGUCUAUAGCGAGUGCCCAAGCUGGCCCGCCACCGGUGACGGGUACUUCGGUGGGGGCAAGGUCCCAGGCGCCAGAGCCCAGAGACCAAGGCCGGCACGGGAGAGCAUCUACAGCGACUGCCCAAGUCGACCCGCCGCCAGAGAUGGGCUCCGCGGCGGCCCCGUAG